AAACGACUCCCCGUUUCCUCCUUUCACGAACAGGGCAGUCAGCUGUCUGUCGGCCACGGUUUAAAUUUCUUCUUAUCAGUUUACUAUAGGACGACAUUGGACCUUAUCAUGUCUUCUAACAAUAUGGCAGACCCGAGGAGGCAAAAUAAGAUUUUAAGGUACAAGCCCCCCAGCACAGAGACCAAUCCAACACUGGAGGACCCCACUCCCGACUACAUGAACCUGCUCGGCAUGAUCUUCAGCAUGUGUGGGCUGAUGCUCAAGCUGAAGUGGUGCGCCUGGAUCGCGGUCUACUGCUCUUUCAUCAGCUUUGCAAACUCCAGAAGCUCAGAGGACACCAAACAGAUGAUGAGCAGCUUCAUGUUGUCCAUCUCAGCAGUUGUGAUGUCAUACCUCCAGAACCCACAGCCGAUGUCGCCGCCAUGGUAACCGAGGGUCAGUCUCGGAGAAGAGCAGAAGCUGGAGUGGGUGACAAGACAACUGACUGAUCCCCCUGGCCAUGUAUAAGGAAAAACAGAGAUGGAGAGGAGGAUAAUGUGAUCGAAAGAGAAGAAUGGAGGGAAAACAGAUGACCAGGAAAGGUGGACAGUUAGGAGGACACGGCGUCAAGAUGGAAAGAUCAGCUGUCUUUGACUUUGUUCUCAGAUUUCUCUGUUUUUAACCUUUUCUACAUCUUUUGUUUGUUGAUGAAAACGUUUAAAUUGGACUGCUGGGCUGAACUGCUGCCUCAUGUCGUUAAUAAAGCUGUAUGGUGUAAAGUGA